AGCUGCCCGAGGCUCACAUUAAUAAGGACAGUCAAAGUUUGAUGGCUGACAUUACCUUCAGCUGUUUAUAUCUCACAAAGGUAGAUACAUGGAUACAUUAACUUUACUUUGGAUCGUCUCUGUGGCUUUUACAGGUUUAACCAAAGCAGCCGGUGUGUUGCCAGACGGUCCUCUGAAUGCAGCUGUGGGAGAGACGGUGACAUUCAGCACAACACUGACUCCACAGGGAACUUCAAUUAUAGCAGUAACCUGGACAUUUGAUACUAAAGUAAUAUUCACUUUCAGUGGUGCGAACAUACCUGCACCAGAGUACGAAGGCAGGAUCACCUACUUCAUGUCUACUGGAUCUCUGGAGCUCAGAAAUGUGGCUCUUAAUGACAGCGGAGAAUACACAGUUAGCAUUAUCGUAUUGGGAGAAUCAGCGAAGCCAGGAAACACAAGACUGGACGUACUGGUGAAAGUCUCCAAUGUUGUAGCAACUGCCAGCAGCACAGACCUGGUGGAGUUCAACAGCUCCGUCAGUCUGUCCUGCUCCUCCUCUGGAUCCUCGCUCUCCUUCCUCUGGCUGAACAGCAGCUCUGAGGUUACAGGAAGUGACAGAGUUCAGCUCACUGAUGGAGGCUCCACUCUCACUAUAAAUAAUGUGACCCGCUACGACCAGGGACCAUUCAGGUGUAAUGUGUCCAAUCCUGUCAGCUCUGACAUCAGUAAUCUAAUAACCUUCUCCAUCAGCUACGGCCCAGAGAAUAUUACUUUGACAAAAUCUCUGUCACAAGAAUACUAUGUGGUAGGAUCAAACAUCAGCCUGAUGUGCUCAGCUGAGUCCAGACCUCCUGCACAGUUCCAGUGGUUUCUGAAUGGAGACCUGCGGUCUGAUGGAGCAGAGCUCAGACUGAUGGACAUUCAGGAGAGUCACAGUGGGAACUACAGCUGUCAGGCCUUUAACAGCAGAACUCUGAGAUAUAUAACAUCUCAGCCUGAAUCUGUAACUGUACUGGAGAGAAUAUCAGACGCUUCGGUCACAUCUACAAACCUGCAGAUUGAGGGGAACUCUUCUAAGUUGACCUGUGACGCUGCUGGCUCUGUCUUCACCAGAAAGUGGAAGAAAGGCGUCUUGGAUCUGACUCUGACUGUAAACAUGAGUCUCAGUGACAACAACAGAGUGCUGUCUUUUAUCAGUCUGAAUAAAACAGACACUGGAGAUUAUUUCUGUGAAAUCAGCAACCCCUUCAGCAGUGAGGAAGCCACAUACUUCCUGGUGGUUAACUACGGUCCAGAAAAUGUUAAAAUCACCGAUGACAGUGAGACGACUUUAAAUUUAACCUGCUCUGCAGAAUCUGUUCCGCCUGCGAGUUACGUCUGGAUGCUGAACGGGACGGUGAUACACAAUUCUGCUGUGUUCACUGAAAACAUCACUGAUUUUUCUGAAGACGACGAAUACGUCUGUGAAGCGAUGAAUAAUAUAACUGGGAGAAAAUCUUCAGCGGUCUAUAGAUGGACUCCAACAGUGACUGCAGAUGGAAACAUAGACUGUCAGGCUGGUUGCAUCGCUGGAAUAGUACUCUCAGUGUUACUCGUCGUCUUCUGUGCAGCUGGUGCUGCAGGGUACUACUGUCAUCACACAAAAAAACAGACGAAUGCACCCUCUGCUAUAAACUCUGCUACCAUGGCAGGAGGAGUUGAAGGCCAGGACAACCCGGGAUACUCAAAAACUCAGGAGCUGGACUAUGCAGAUAUCCGUUUUUUCCAGAACAAAAAUGGCGGGACAGUCCAGCUGGGGUUACAGCAGAAUAACCCGUCAGAAUACGCUCAGGUCCGCGUGAACAACAACCCUCCUGCACCAUCCUCGCCUCCCACCUAUGACGUCCACCAGCAGCGAAUGAAGAGACCAGCUCCUCAGCCGGACGCUGACGCCACGCAGCUUUACGCACGAGUUCAGAAGUAACGACCGCGCUGGUUGUGACGGAUAAUCUGCUGAGACUGGAGGCCAGAAGCAGCCGACGUGAGAAACCUGCACUUCCUUCUCAGUUCCUCUUUACAGACGACUCAUUUGGAUUUGAGUUUACUUAUCCAGAGCGCUUCAGCAGUGGUUAAUAAUCAACCCGUGUGUAACAGUCAUUACCAUGACUGAGGUCAGGUGGCACGAUCAUGGCCUUAGUUUGCAUUCAGUACAUGACAAUAACUUUCUUGUGUACAGUCGAUGCAAUGUGCACGAAACUGAGACAAAAGGUUUCCUGUGUGUGAUCCAGUUAUUUGCUUAACCAUAAUGUUUGUGCCUGUAGAAUCAAAUAUGACACGUGUCACUGUGUGAUUACAUCUCGUCAGUUAGGGAUUCAUAUUUAUAUUUAUUUUACAUCUUACGAAAUGAAAAAUAUCAGAUAUUUAAAAAUAUUUAAUUUACUUAUCAGCAGUGUGUGUGUGUGUGUGUGUGUGUGUGUGUGUGUGUGUGUGUGUGUGUGUGUGUGUGUGUGUGUGUGUGUGUGUCAGCGCUUGUUAUGAGUCAUUACAACAAUGAAUUACUGUUUAAUGACGUUGCAGAGGUGGAAAGAUUUACGUAAUCUGUUGGUCCAAAGGAACAGUUGACGGAUCAAUAAAGGUAUACAUAUUUGUUUACGGUAUUGUCAUAAAGUUAAACGUUAUUGUCUCACAAAGGUGAGGACUGCAAAUCCAAAACAGUGCCUUGAGUCUUAAAGUCCGUCCAACAGGCAAGUGGGAAACUGACCCGUAAGAAAUAUAUUCCCGCAAGUACUUAUCAAAGUAAUAAAGGACGAAGUUUAUUGUAAAUGUCAAUAAAGGUUACAAUGUGA